GAGAGAGAAAAAGAGAAACAAAUCAUCACGUAAAAACGAGAAAGAGAUAGAUAACCGUGAGUGCGACGCUCUUUGAGGCUGAAUCGCGGACUAUACCAAGAGGAACGAUUCCUUCAAAGGGAAGAUUAAGGAUUCACGUUCGCGCAAACGAGUGGUUUAGCAGUUCAGUAGAGCGGUAAAAUGGACGCGCGCUUUAGAAGCAAUCUCGACAUGAUUGGGCGCAACGAGCCCAUCACAAGGAAAGCCAGAUUCUGGCAAAGUUAUGUUCGAGCUUUAAAAGGCACUGAUGAUAUCAGAGCCCCUGAGCACACACACAGACCCCGCAGUAUUUUCCGCUCAGAUUACCCUGAGCUGCAUUCCACCUCGUGGCCAUUUGGAAAAUCUAUCUUUGAAAAUCCCAUCCACGCAGCUGAUCGCAUCAACGUUCCUGGAUACAGGUACCUGCCUGUUCACCGUGAGAUCUACGGUUACUCACCGAGGCAGAUCUACCCGCAUCAAUACAAACCUGUAGAACGCUUCAUCCCUGCGAAACCAUUCGACCCUGAGCAAGCUUGGGCUGAUCAUCUGAAUCGCUUGGCAGACAUUGACAAGCUGUAUCCAAGCAAAUCGCCUUUGUUGGCUCGGCAUAUUAGCCCUCCUCUCAGUACGAAACGAUUAUUCGAUAUCCACGGUAACUUGGUAACCGAUUACGAUUAUUUACCAUCGUUCCCUUCGUUGUUACGCAAGAAACCAUUAUUCGAUCUCCUUGAGCCAUCAGCAAUGGCACCGAUCAGCGCUUUCACUAGAGACCCAUGGUGGUAUCCUAGUUAUGCUCCUUAUAUUCCAAGUUAUGCUGCGAAAUCCACUCCGUUUUAUCUCAGAGAUAGUUACCUAAGUCCUGUUAAACGUAGCUAUCUAUGGAGCCGACAUCCCAUCAGGCCUUUCGGAGCGUUAUACUACUAUUAUUCGCAGCCAGUUCCACGAUUUCACUUUACCCGCCCAUGGUACAAUAAACGUACCACAUAUUAAGAAACAAACUCACGCCUAUUGAUGACUGAUCGUCGCCCCGAAUGGAACGCGUGAUACGAAAAUAAGCAAUGAAAAAAACCAAAUAAAAUUACGAAAAAAGAUAACAAAAAAAAGAUGUGAAAAAGUAUUUACAUCGUAUCCUAAACAACUAUUCGAUAUCUAUUGCCUGAUUAUUUUUUUUCUCACAGUACGUAUCAUCGUUCACGGAGUUCUAUUUAUUAACGUUUCUCAUCACCAUGGUUUAUUGUACUAUUCGUUCGUGCUGUCUACGAAUAAAAUAAACACUGCCCAAAUUUUA